GUUUUGUUGAAAGCCACAAAGUACAUUUCUACUUCUGUCAGUCACCACUUUAAUUUGUUCUGCAUUUGCAAUAACAGACUGAGUUUUAAUUUAAUUAAACAAUUUCAAGAAUCAGCCAUGCAAGCUUUCAAAGCUUCUUCAUUUACACCAUUUCAAGUACUCAACUUGAACUACUCAACUAGAUCAUUUCCCAAAACCAUAUAUGACAAACCAAACUUGAAUAUUCAUCCAAAUAAUGAAAACCCCAUUUCAUGUUUUCCCUCAAUUCAGAGCCAAAAUACAAAAUUCAAGCUUUUCACUGCUGUUUCUCAAAGUAUCUCAACUGAAUCAAGAACCCCAUUUGAUGAAGAAACUGAAAAUGAAAACCAAGAAGAGAAAUUUGAUUGGUAUGCUGAGUGGUAUCCAAUAAUGCCAAUUUGUGAUCUUGAUAAGAGGAGGCCACAUGGGAAAAAAGUGAUGGGAAUAGAUGUGGUGGUUUGGUGGGAUAGAAAUGAGAAAGAAUGGAAAGUGAUGGAUGAUGCUUGUCCACAUAGAUAUGCUCCACUUUCUGAAGGAAGGAUUGAUCAGUGGGGGAGAUUGCAGUGUGUGUAUCAUGGUUGGUGUUUUGGUGGUUCUGGUGAUUGCAAGUUCAUUCCUCAAGCUCCUAGGGAUGGCCCUCCGGUUCACACGUCCAAAAGAGCUUGUGCAACUGUUUAUCCAAGUUGUGUGCAAAAUGAUAUUCUUUGGUUUUGGCCAAAUUCUGAUCCUCUAUACAAGGGCAUAUAUCUGAAGAAAAGGCCUCCUUACAUCCCUGAACUGGACGACAGCUCGUUUUCGAAAUCUUUCAUGGUCAGAGAUAUAUCAUAUGGGUAUGAGCUUCUGAUUGAAAACCUUAUGGACCCAGCUCAUGUCCAAUAUUCACAUUAUGGCAUAAUGAAUGUUCCACAACCUCCCAAAAGUGUGAAGGCUGAUAGGGAAGGAGGAAGACCACUCGAUAUAACUGUCACGAAACUGGAUGUAAAUAGUAUUACUGCAAACCAAGGACCUGGACGGAACACAUUCAUUGCACCUUGUGUGUAUUAUAGUCUUUUUGCUUUCGGAGGAAAUCAGGGUAAAACGUCUGCUGUAUCAUCUGGAGCUGUACAGGAAAAACCUUCAACUGAGAAGCAGAAAAAAGCAUUAUUAGUUUUCAUCUGUAUUCCAGUUAGUCCAGGUCAUAGCAGAAUUAUUUUUGCAUCUCCAAGAAACUUUGCUACUUGGGCAGAUCGAAUAAUUCCACGUUGGAUAUUUCACCUGGGGCAAAACCUAAUUUUGGAUUCAGAUUUAUAUCUUCUUCAUGUGGAGGAGCACAAGCUAAAGGAAAUUGGUCCCUAUAAUUGGCAUAAAGCUUGUUAUAUGCCAACCAAGGCAGAUGCCAUUGUUGUUGCUUUCAGAAGGUGGCUAAACAAAUAUGCAGGUGGCCAAGUUGAUUGGCGCGCAAAGUACAACGGAGACCUCCCACCAACUCCUCCAAGGGAGCAGCUGCUGGACAGGUACUGGACUCAUACGGUGAAUUGCACAAGUUGCAAUUUCGCAUAUAAAGGUCUCAAUGCCCUUGAAAUUAUACUGCAGAUCGCCUCAAUUGGUAUGAUCGGAGUUGUUGCUGCAGCCAAGCAGGGUACGUUGUCUAUGGUCACGAGGUAUUCUUUGGUCUCCGUUGCAUUACUAUGCUUCGUGGCCUCGAGGUGGUUAUCUCACUUUAUAUACAAAAAUUUCCAUUUCCACGACUACGACCAUGCCUUCCGUUGAACUUCAGUGUCAUAAUGACUUGGAGCUGACUAUUCACUGUAUAAACAAAUUACUUAUAGUUGAAAUUGCAGAAAAGGUUUCUACAUGAUCUUAGCUGCUAAAUACAGGUUAUAUUGUUACUUUCA